AUGGCUGCUAUUAUAUGGGAGAAGGAUGCAUUAAUGGAAAACACAUUCCAGCUGCUGAAAAGGCACGGUUCUUUGCAUAAAGUAAACAUUAAAUACGGAUACAUUUUAUUUGGCGUGUCCAUCUUAUUGGUUGCAUUGAGAACUCUGGCUCUGUGGUUCUACGAUAAGUCAUGGAAGAAAAGUAGUCGUUCAACAACUUAUUUGAGAUUGGCACGCUUCCCGCUGGCACUCUCGAUGGCAGUGUUGGUUCUUGCUAUAACAUUUUUAAUGUUUGUGAACCCACAUUUGGAGAAAAUUUCGGUUUUAAUCAAAAGAACUGGACGUCUCUCGUACGCAUUGAUCCCUCUAGAUUUGUUCCUGGCGGCCCAACCUGCUUGGUUUUCAAUUGACAAUUAUCUGGAUACCAUCAAAUUGCACAAGUGGGUAUCUAGAAUCAUUGUUACUUUGGGCAUGUUGCAUGGCAUUGGAUUCUUUGUAUACUACAUUGAAAACAAUACCCUGAACAAGGUGUUCAAGUUCGAGAACUUAUUGGGUGUCGUGGUCUUCGUACUAUCUCCUGUGAUUAUGUUGAUGUUCAAGCCCGUUAGAAGUAUAAGUUACCAAUUUUUCUACCUCUUUCAUACUAUUUUUCUAAUGGCCAUGAUCUUUUUGAUAGAAUAUCAUGCAAGACCCGGAGUUGGUUUUUUUUUAUUCAUCAACAUUUGUCUGUUGAUAUCUCAAUAUGCGAAAAAAUACUAUUAUUCAAAAGACAUUACUAUGACCGAAAUCGUCGAACAUCCAGGUAGUGACUACAAAAUUGUAAAAUUUCCAAAAAGCUUGUUGCCCGAGUCGUACUUACCUGCUUCCCACGUUAGGAUUGGUUAUAGCAAAUGGUCACCUCUGUUUGUUUUCUUACCCUCUCAUCCUUAUACCGUGGCAACAACUUAUCAAGACCACGACUUGUUGUCUAGUUUGGUUAUCAAGCCCUCUAAGUUUCAAUUGCAGCCUUUUGAAACUUACUCAAUCAUCCCGGUGUUCAAAUCCUCAUUGAGUCAAAACUUUUUCGAUACUGCCGAAAAUGUGUCUAUUGUUUGUGGAGGUUCGGGUAUCUCAUUAGGAUUGGGUAUUUUUGAAUAUUUCAAACGCUGUAAGGUUGCAGAUGGCAGAGAUAUCAAGCUGAAGUUCAUCUGGAUCACAGGUAAAGAGGACGAUUUGUUCAUCCUAAAUGAACUCAAUGUACAAGGUGUUGAUAUUUUUGUCACUAGCAGUGAUUCCGAUGAGUUGGAUGCAGUUCAGGAUGCCUUUGUUGAUUCCGCAAAUGAUGUUUCUGAUAUCCCUCUAACCAAUCUACCCAACGAAUCAAGAGACUCGUUUGGCUCAGUUUUGCACAAGUAUGAGAAUGUUGCUGUUUUAGGUAAAAGACCCAACCUUGAGGUGAUGCUGAGAACCAACAUGUCCAAAACUAUAGACUAUGCAAACAAAUGGGUUAUUGCAUGUGGCCCUCCUUCAUUGAUUUCCGAUUGUGAGAAUAUUGCUAGACAGGAGAAAUGUAGGUUUUUCUCUGAAGAAUAUGCAUUUUAA